CUUGUGGGUGUGAUGCCGAGAAGGAUCUCAGGCGCGCCGAGCGGAGACGCGCAGUGUCCCUGUGCGUUUGGAGGAGUUAUCAGCUGCUGGCAGGAGAGGAAACGACGACGAGGAGCGGAAGAGGAGGCAGCAGAGCCACGGUGCGGGUGACCAUUCCUUCACUGCUGCUGCUGUCCUUUCAUUACGAGCCACCUGCUGAAAAACGCUCCUCUGUUGCACAUUAUAUUAUCAGUAUCCACGGGGUUUUUUUUUUAAAAAAGAAAUUUUCUUCCCAAAGCUGAAGAUCUGAAGAUCUUCAAUAUGUGUCGGAUCUAACACCUGCGGAGAGGACUAUAAGGAAUACCAGACUCCCUCCGUGGAUGUGGACAAAUAAACUGUGGACAUGGAAAAGAUAGUAAAUUUAUCCCUUUCAGUGCUGCUGGUGUUAUGGGGUUGCGCGCUUGGAGGCUCGCCCAGUGUUCAGAUUGGGGGACUCUUUCCAAGGGGCGCGGACCAAGAGUACAGCGCAUUUCGGAUAGGAAUGGUUCAAUUUGGCACUUCGGAAUUCAGACUUACGCCUCACAUUGACAAUCUGGAAGUGGCGAACAGUUUUGCUGUUACCAAUUGUUUCUGUUCACAGUUCUCGAGAGGAGUGUACGCCAUUUUUGGAUUCUACGACAAAAAGUCCGUCAACACCAUCACGUCAUUUUGUGGGACGCUCCAUGUCUCCUUCAUCACGCCCAGCUUCCCUCUGGACGGGAAUCAGCAGUUCAUCAUCCAAAUGAGGCCCGAUAUCAAGGGGCCCCUCCUCAGUCUUAUCGAGUACUACAAGUGGGACAAGUUCGCCUACCUGUAUGACAGCGAUCGAGGCUUGACAACCCUACAGGUUGUUUUGGACACAGCGGCAGAGAAGAAGUGGCAGGUAACAGCCAUCAACGUCGGCAACAUGAAAGAUGAGAGAAAAGACGAGGCUUACCGCUCACUCUUCCAAGACCUGGAGAACAAGAAGGAGAGGAGGGUGAUCCUGGACUGUGAACAGGACAAAGUAAAAGACAUCAUGGAUCAGGUCAUCACAAUUGGCAGACAUGUUAAAGGCUACCAUUACAUUAUAGCCAAUCUGGGUUUCAUUGAUGGAGAUCUGUCAAAAAUCCAAUAUGGUGGUGCCAACGUGUCAGGCUUUCAGAUUGUUGACUUUGAGGAUCCUUUGGUGUCCAAGUUUGACCAGAGAUGGGAGGCCCUGGAGGAAAAGGAGUAUCCUGGUGCUGACAGUAAAAUAAGGUACACGUCCGCAUUGACCUACGACGCCGUGCAAGUGAUGACCGAGGCUUUCCGCUACCUGCACAAGCAACGCAUUGACUUCACCCGGCGGGCCAACAACGGUGACUGUCUGGCUAACCCUGCUGUGCCCUGGGCUCAGGGUGUGGAGAUUGAGCGGGCACUUAAACAGGUUCGGGUGGAAGGCCUGACAGGGAACAUCCAGUUUGAUCAACAUGGCAAGAGAGUGAACUACUCAGUGAACGUCAUGGAGUUAAAGACCAAUGGUCCGGUAAAGAUCGGGUACUGGAAUGAGGUGGACAGAAUGGCUGUAACCAAAUCAGACGUCUUUGCAAAUGAAUCGACAGGAAUGGAAAACAAAACUGUGAUUGUCACCACCAUCUUGGAAGCUCCGUAUGUAAUGCUGAAAAAGAAUGCUGACCUUUUUGUAGACAAUGAACGCUACGAGGGUUACUGUGUAGAUCUGGCUGCGGAGAUAGCCAAACACUGCGGCUUCAAAUAUCAACUGAAAAUAGUGGGGGAUGGGAAAUAUGGAGCCAGAGAUGCAGAGACCAAAAUCUGGAAUGGGAUGGUUGGAGAGUUGGUGUAUGGGAAAGCAGAUAUCGCCGUGGCUCCUCUGACGAUCACUUUAGUGCGAGAGGAGGUCAUCGACUUCUCCAAACCCUUUAUGUCUCUUGGAAUCUCCAUCAUGAUCAAGAAGCCUCAAAAAUCAAAGCCAGGAGUUUUCUCUUUCCUGGACCCCCUUGCCUAUGAGAUCUGGAUGUGUAUCGUUUUUGCCUACAUCGGUGUCAGUGUCGUGCUGUUCCUCGUAAGCCGCUUCAGCCCAUAUGAGUGGCACACCGAGGAGUACGAGGACGGGCAAAUCCAGACUAAUGAGUCCACCAACGAGUUUGGCAUAUUCAACAGCCUGUGGUUUUCUCUCGGAGCCUUCAUGCGUCAAGGCUGUGACAUCUCACCUAGAUCUCUGUCUGGGCGCAUUGUCGGUGGCGUGUGGUGGUUCUUCACUCUCAUCAUCAUCUCCUCUUACACGGCCAACCUGGCUGCUUUCCUAACUGUUGAGAGGAUGGUGUCUCCCAUUGAAAGUGCAGAGGAUCUGGCUAAACAGUCUGAGAUAGCCUAUGGGACUCUGGACUCUGGCUCCACCAAAGAGUUUUUCAGGCGCUCAAAAAUCGCCCUCUUUGACAAAAUGUGGACGUACAUGCGCAGUGCGGAGCCCUCUGUGUUUGUGAAAACCACAGCAGAGGGGGUUUUGAGGGUCCGCAAGUCCAAGGGGAAAUAUGCCUACCUGCUGGAGUCCACCAUGAAUGAGUACAUCGAGCAGCGGAAGCCCUGCGACACCAUGAAAGUGGGAGGCAACCUGGACUCCAAAGGCUACGGGAUCGCCACGCCGAAAGGAUCCUCAUUAAGAAAUGCGGUUAACCUCGCAGUACUAAAACUGAAUGAGCAAGGCCUGUUGGACAAAUUGAAAAACAAAUGGUGGUACGACAAAGGAGAGUGCGGCAGCGGGGGAGGUGAUUCCAAGGAGAAGACGAGUGCCCUCAGCCUGAGCAACGUGGCUGGGGUCUUCUACAUUCUGGUCGGAGGACUCGGCUUGGCCAUGCUGGUGGCCUUGAUUGAGUUCUGUUACAAGUCCCGAGCCGAGGCGAAACGAAUGAAGGUGGCAAAGAAUGCACAGAAUAUUAACCCAACUUCCUCGCAGAAUUCACAGAAUUUUGCAACUUAUAAGGAAGGUUACAACAUGACGUUCGGGGAUGCCAUGAGGAAUAAAGCAAGACUCUCCGUCACUGGGAGUACUGGGGAGAAUGGUCGGGUGAUGACUCCAGAGUUUCCUAAAGCUGUCCACGCUGUCCCGUACGUGAGACCUGACAUGGGACUAAACGUCAGCCUGACAGAUCUGUCCUGAUCAAUGAGAAACUUCUGAGUGCCUUACUAUGGUUUCAAUAGAGCGUUUUAUUUUGUUUUGUUUUGUUUUGUCCUUCCUACCUUCCUUCAGUUUUCCCAUCUCUGUCUGGUGAAAAGGAAAAAGCAGGAGAUGGAGUCUUCAUUUGUCUCACACACAAAGACUUUUAUUGUUGCUCUCUGUCUCGAUUCCUCACCAUUUAAAUUGCCUCCCUCUCUGGGUGGAAUUAAAUCUUGGAAUAUUAAAGAGAGGCGCUUUUUUUUCUGUCUGAACUGGUGACACCAUGCUUUUCCUAUCAAUCUGUCUGGACUGGACUGAGAUGAGAUCGAGGGCUUGAUUGAUGGCUACGGAUGCUUCUUGGAGUCAGAGUUUCAGUCAUCUCUGCUGUGUAUGUCAGUGUGUAUGAGUGGAUUGUGUAUGUGAACAGUGUGUGAGUGUGUGUGUGUGUGUGCAUCAGGAGAAGAUGUCAUAAAGAAAAAAAAGAAACUUUUGUUUAUGUAGCCACAAACUGGAUUUUCAAGCACACUUGAUACCAUCUACAUUAAGAUGUGAACGUGUCUUUUUUUUCUUCUUUUUUUAAGAAAAUCAAAAAAAAAGUUUAUUGGAAAAAAAAAUAUUUUUAUGUAUUUUCACAAAAUAGCUUUUAAAUAAACUUGCUUACAUACUGGUUGGAUAUAAACAUCUUAAUGUGUGAGUGUAAAGAAAGAACAAAAUAUUAAACAGCUUCUAGUACCAUAUUUUUAAAGCCAAAUACAUUGCAGCGUAUGGGGGUGAAAAUGUUGAAAUCAUGUAAUUAACUCCUAUUCUAAACUUUCCUGUAUAUUUUAUUCUUUAACAUUUGGUGUUGUUGAAAUAAUAUGUCAAUUCUUGACAUUUUGGAAUCAAUCCGUCUCUGUUUUUUCUUGUUAGCGUUGGUGCAGCAACUUUUUUGCUUUAUACUUUUGUCUCUUUGUUCGCUUCAGUGCUUUUGCUGUUUGUGUUUUUUCUGACGAGGACCAGGGUAGAUGUUCUACUUCCAACAGGAAAUCAAUCUGUUUACACACAAACACUCACACACACACACACACACACACAGAAAAUGAUAGAUUGGUGUGGUAUUUUAUUAUCACAUCACAUUGCGAUGUGGCGUCAAAAAGAGGCAUCGAAAUCCACAUUGGUCUAUGUGCUGGUUUUAAAAUGCCAAAUAAGUGAGAGUGCCAAAUUCUAGUGCCAGUAGAUAUGAAUAUAGUCUUAAAUAUAAUCAAUCACUGUCAUCUCAGUGAAUGUAAAUGAUACAUUCUGUAAGUUUUGUAACUAGAUGUACAGUCGGUGGCAAUUACGAUGCUAUUACAGUAGCCUUUUUCGCUUUGUUUUCCAGUCUCCAUGUACUUUUGCAAUGAUCUGACUAUGACGUCGCACCGGUUGCAUGUUGUUGCCGCAGAUACGAUAUAAGUUUAUUUCACUACAGCCAAAUGCGCAUUUUCAUUUUAAUGUUGAAGUUGUGAGGUAAACUGUUCAAAGUUGGAAAUACAAUGUCAGACAUAUAUAUAUACAUAUAUAUAUAAAUAUAUAUAUAUAUACAGUAUAUACAUAUAUUUUAUAUAAAAAAGUUUAAAUAUGAAAAGUUAUUGCCCCUUUGCAUUAUUAUAGCAUCAACGCUACUUUGCUUCUGUCGGAUACAACAUUUUCUUUCUACUUAUUCUAACAAUAAAGUUUUUAUUUAUUUUAUUUGUCAUUUAUGGUCCAACACAAAGGAGCACUUCUAUUCGAUUUCCUUUACCCUAAAAAUUGACCCACAAGGAGCCCUCCACUGUGACAUAAAGGGAGGUAUAAACUAUACUGUUGUCAUCACUUGUUUAUGUCAUCAAUAAUAGGAACAUAUACCAUAGUUUCAUCACGUCAUUUUUCAUGCUAUUCUCAUAGACUUUUUGUAAAUGGAAUGUGUGCUAACUUGUUUAUUUUUUGGGACUUUCUAAAUAAAAGUGGCUGAUCUCUUGUUA